AUGGAAAAAGCAGUAGAACUACAUUGGCCAGUACGUUCAUCCAUGGUCAAGUUGAUUGGCUUCUUUCCUUCACAAGCUGAUAAACACUCAAAAACUAACAUGUGGAGCAUUCAUUGUCGUUCUAUGUUUAAAUCAGCUGUUAUAUUGUCUCAACAAUACAAUAUAACGUUUCAAGGACAAUAUCUUGAUUAUGAAGAAAUCAUAACAGAAGAUGAUGCUUUGAUUACACUCGAUCAUGCGUGUCAAAAAGUAUCAACGUCAAACAUUGUUGGAUUUGUUGGUCCAGCAUAUUCAAAUGAAGUGCGAAUUCUAACAUUAUUUGCAUUUCGAUUAGGAAUAUUAAGUAUCUCGUAUUCAGCUACAAGUCCUGGUUUAUCAACUAUUGACAAUGGAGCAUUCUAUCAUAUAAUUCCAUCAGAUGAAAAUAUUGUAAUAGGUAUAGCAGUAUUAUUUCAACAAUACACAUGGAAAUCGUGUAUAAUUAUAUAUCAAAAUGAUGAUUAUGGUUAUAGUGGUAUGAAAUUAUUGAGUCAAAAGUUUAGUGAAUUGAAUAUUAAAAUUUCAGAGAAAAUUAAAUUUGAUAUUCAUCAACAAAAUUUUGAAAUUGAUUUUAAAAAGACAUUACUUGAUAACUUCUCACGUAUUGUUAUUGUAUGGGCCACUGCAACAUCAACAAAAACAAUAUUGAAUAUGUCAAUCCAAGAAAAAUUAAUUGGUCCAUCUUUUGUUUGGCUACUAAGUACAACAGUAGCAUUGGAUGAUUUCGAUCUAAGACAAAAGCAAGAACUUAUUGGAAUACUUACUGUUGAAUCUGUAGAAGCAGAUUCUGUUGAUGUACCAAGAAAUAUAACUCUGUUAAAGAAAGCAUAUGAAAUAUGGAAAUAUUAUGAAUCGGAAACCUUUCCUGGUGAGACAAAUGUGAAUAGUAAUGCAAUGUUUGCAUUUGAUGCAACAUGGUCCUUAAUAUUGGCAUUGCAGCAGUUAUGUUCAAUGCCUUUAUCAUGUUUAGAAUUUAAGAAUGUUUCAAAUUAUUAUAAUCGUCAAUUUUUGAAUUCGAAACAGUAUUAUAAUAUUAUGAGAGCAAUGACAUUUUUAGGUGUGUCUGGUGAGGUGAAAUUUUCUAACAGAACAACAGAUCGUGUUGACAACACAUACUAUAUGAUUAACAAUUUACAACCGUUAAGUGAAGAACUAAAUGAUAUUGGUUAUUUACCUGUAUUAACAUGGCAUGUUGGUGCAAAUGAAUGGACAUAUAAUAAUAAUAAAUCUGAUAGUAUUUUAUGGCCAAGUCGAUUAAGAAAUAGACCAUCAGGUUACAAAUUAAUUCAAGGUCAAGAAUUACGAAUGGCUAUUAUUGAAUCACCACCAUUUAUAAUAUUGAAAAAUGCAACUGCUACGUACUAUAACAUGACACACAAUUAUAAAAACAUAAAUAUAACAGAAUUUGAUGGCUUUUAUAAAGAUAUACUCUUAUAUUUACAAGAUAAAAUGGGUUUUUCUCCUAUUAUCAUGUUAGCUAAACCAAGUACACAAUACAAUGAAUUAGUUGAGGGUGUAUCAAAAAAUUUAUUUGAUACAGUUAUGAUUACUAUAGUUAUAAAUGCCAAACGAAAAACCAUGGUUGAUUUUGGUACACCUAUUAUUCCUCAUUCUAUUAGAAUUAUUAUACGAAAACCAAGAUCUGUUCAAUUAGAUCCUCUCUUUUUUUUAAAGCCAUUUUCUUUGGACGUCUGGUUAUUUAUACUUGCUACAAUACCUUGUACUGGUGCAUUAAUAUGGUACUUUGAGCCAAAGGAAAAAAGAAAAUCUGUAACAAUAAUACACACUAUUAAUUUUAUAAUUCAUACUGUACUCGAUAAAGAUCAUUCUUUUACUGCAUCAACGGCUUCUGGAAAAUUUCUGACACUUGGUUUACAUAUUUUACAAACAAUAUUAUUCGCAGUAUAUACAGCUAGUUUAUUGAAUUAUUUGAUGAUACAUAGCUUUAAACCAAUUAUAUCAGGAAUAGAUGAUAUAAAAAAUAGUAAAAUACCACCAAAUCGAAUAGGAAUCAUAGAAGGUUCGCAUGUAGAACAGCAGUAUUUAAAUACUCUAUCACAAGGUAGAAAAGACUAUUAUCCAUUAAAGACAGUAAAUGAAGUUUACUCACGCUUAAUAGAUGGCAAGAUAGAUGGUGAUAUUGAUGCUGCUCUAUGGCUUAAUGGAUCGAUUGCCUAUCAUAUAAAUAAUAUAUAUUGUGAUCUUAUGACGAUCGGUGAUGACUUUGGUCAAAAUUAUUAUGCCUUGCCAGUACGACAAGAUUGGUUGUAUAAAGCAGCUUUAGAUUCCAAUAUAGUAUCAAUAAUUGAGUCAGGGGAACUUGAUCGUAUAUCAGCAAAAUGGUUUGCAUCACAUAACUGUAAAAAUGUAACUGUUGACCAGCGGCUUCGAUUGGUAGCCCGAAAAUAUGAAAUAUUAGACGCAGAUAUUGAUAAACUUCACAAACUAAAAGAUUUCGAUAUUGCUAUCAUUUGUGAUGAUUCUGGUUCAAUGCAAACUCCUAUUAUAGGUACUCAACGUACUCGUUGGGAUGAACUUCGUGAAUUCGUACGUCUUAUUGUCGAAUUUGGUGUUGUAUUCGAUUCGAAUGGUAUUGAUAUUCACUUCCUUAAUAGACCGGAUGUUCACAGAAUCACCGAGCUGGCAGAGUUAGAACAACUAUUCAAAGAUCCUCCGUAUGGUUAUACUCCCCUGACACGCGCACUACGAAAAAUUCUGAAAAUGCGAGAGACCUACCGAAGCCAUGAUAAGAAGUUAUUGGUAUUCAUCGCAACAGACGGUGAACCGAGCGAUGAUUAUGGUGAAUCGAAUUUGACAGAAUUCGAACAUGUUCUGCGUCUAGAGCGCCCAUGGAAUACUACUCAUGUGAUGUUUCUUAUUUGUACCGAUGAAUCUACUUCCGUCAGUUAUUUGAAGGAAUGGGAUAGGAUAAUGAGAAACGUUGGGGUUAUUGAUACAUUUGAAAAUGAGGGUGUGGGUGUGGGUGUGGGUGUGGGUGUGGGUGUGGGUGUGGGUGUGGGUGU